GUCAUGCCAAGACCUUCGAGUUCAGAAUUGCAACAUGACCAGCAAAUACAUCAAAAUCUCCAAUCCUACUCCCCAUGUGUUGUUGUUAGAGCUAAACAGACAGCCAGUCAACGCAUUCAAUACAGAGCGAGAGUACGGACGUACAUUCGACGCACUUUCAACGCAUCCAGAUGACAUUCGCGCCGUCGUCCUUUCGUCCGCAUUCCCUAAAGUAUUCUCAGCAGGGAUCGACUUCCAAGGACUCAUAAACCUCGACCCCGCCCGCCGCGCACUCCUCAUCCGCAACGACAUCCUCGACAUCCAACACGCAGUAUCAGCACCCGAGCGGUGCCCGAUCCCCGUAAUAGCAGCAGCGCACGGGCUCGUGAUCGGGCUCGGGAUAGACAUCAUCUCCGCAUGCGACGUCCGAUAUACAGCAUCAGACGCCAAGUUCUCCAUCAAGGCUCUCGAUAUGGGGCUCGCGGCUGACGCUGGGACACUGGCUUAUUUGCAGAAUAUUACGGGGAAUAAAUCGUUGGUGCAUGAGCUUGCGUAUACUGCGCGGAUGUUCUCGAGCGAUGAGGCGGAGAAACUUGGUCUUGUUUCUAGGGUCGUUCAGGGCGGGAGGGAUGCAGUCGUGGCUGCGGCAUUGCAAUUGGCCAGAGAUAUCGCUUCGAAGAGUCCCGUUGCGGUGAGUGGGACAAAGCGCCUUCUUCUGCACGCUAGGGAUCACAGCGUUGCUGAGAAUCUAGAGUACACGGCAACUUGGAAUUCAGCUGCGCUUCAGGCUAUGGACUUGCAGCAGUCAGUCAAGGCGGGAAUGGCGAAAUCAAAGGAGUCCCCGAAGUUCUUGCCAUUAAGGCCCAAGCUCUAGUUAACGUUAUUCAAGUACGCUAUGUUAGCCUUUCCUGAUCUCUUCCGCUAAUGAGAAUGUGAAAUUUACAUUGAGCA